AGCAAUAAGUUCAGCCGGUUGUUUGAGCUAUAGCUAGCUCUUACUCAAAUGGCCACCAAAACGAUAACAUUGCAACUAUUUCCCCUUUUCUUCUUCUGCUUGUUUCUUGUCUGCAACUGCAGAUUCGAUAGCAUUAAUGGAGCCGAAAAUGGCGGCUUGCAAACUUCACAUGCCACAUUCUACGGUGGUGCUGAUGCUACCGGCACGAUGGGUGAGUUUCAAACUUUCCCUCUACAUAAAAAAGGGAACUUCUGUGUUAUACAUGUUUGUUUUAGGGGGAGCUUGUGGUUAUGGGAACUUGUAUAAUCAAGGGUAUGGAACGAGCACAGUAGCUUUGAGCACUUCACUUUUCAACAAUGGCCUGAGCUGCGGUUCCUGUUACGAGCUCCGGUGCAAUGAUGAUCCUAAAUGGUGUUUUACUCGAACCAUAACCGUGACCGCCACCAACUUUUGUCCCCCUAACUAUGCUUUAUCAAGUGACAAUGGUGGCUGGUGCAAUCCCCCUCGAGAACAAUUUGAUUUGGCCAAACUGGCUUUCUUGCAGAUUGCCGAAUAUCGAGCCGGAAUCGUACCCGUUCUCUACAGAAGGAUCUCGUGUGAAGAAAGGAGGCACACGAUACACCAUUAGUGGGCAUUCAUACUUCAACCUAGUUCUGAUAACAAACGUCAGAGGUGCUGGGGAUAUAAAAUCGGUCUCGAUCAAGGGUUCGAAGACGGAGUGGCUACCGAAGUCGAGAAACUGGGGCCAAAAUUGGCAGAGCAAUGCCUACCUGAAUGGCCAAAGCCUUUCAAAGUCACAGCCAGCGAUAGCAGGACCAUCACAAACUACAAUGUGGUGCCUGGUGGUUGGCAAUUCGGACAAACAUUUGAAGGAGGCCAAUUUUAAGACAAAUUCAAUUGAAAAAUUAUUGUAUAAGGUCACAUAAGAGUUUUACGCAGAGGUAGCAAGGUGGAUCCCGCUGGCUUUAUGUGUGAAAUAGGCGAGCAAGUGCCAUAGCCUAUAUAUAUAUACAUUUCAAUGUAUGCAUAGUGCCCUCCAACUACUAAGUUUGGACUUUGGAGGGAAUAUCCAUAAGAUAAUGUCUGAAAUUUGUUUGUUGA